CGCGUCUGCAUGACCCAAAAACAAGGUUUCGGGAAGAAAUGGUUCAAUCAAAGCUUUACAAAAGGUGUAUCCGACUACUGACUUGGAUUAUAAUCUACUGUACGGCAGUUUUUUCAUACCACCAAAAAGCAUAAGAAGCACUCUAUCUGCGCUAGGUUCAGUCAGUGAGUUAUAUUAAUUAUAAGAAACAUUGAACAUGACUGUACAGUGAUUACUCUCCUCGAUUUAUUGUUUUAUAAUGAGUUCAUAUUUUCUAGUUACGUGUGGUUUCCACCUGGGUAGAUUAAUUUCUUGAUGUUUACCCAUCAUAUGUAAGAGGUCAUUGGUUACAUAUUUCAGUUAAAUGUAUACUUUUCCUGAUAAAUUCUAGUAGCAAACAAGUCUCAUUGCAAAAAAUGCUCCCCUAGGAUUUCACCUACCAUUUUUGUGUCAAUCAUGAAUGUAUUGCGCUUGGUGAAAGCCUAUCAUGAUCGGUAUUAAAGUGGAAAUGAAUUAGUAAACUACAGCUUGUCAAUUUCCCAAUCGUAUAUAACCAAGAUUUUACGUGUGGGUACUAAUAUAACCUUGAGCUCUGUACUGUCUACUUGGUAAAAAGUCUUUUGAGCUUUAAAAAUACUAAAUUGGUUCUGUUUUACAAUUGGCCAAAACAAAUUCACCAUCACAUACGAUGGUUUUAUGAGAACUGAUAUUUAUAACUUUUCUUUACUGUUAUUAAUGGUUUCAGAUAUAUCUGACCUUUUAUAAUCUUGGAUUAGGUUUCAAGAGAUCUGAAACUACUAUUCUGAUUCCAUUUUCUGCUACUUUUAAGAGCUUGAUCGUUAUAAUAGCAAUUAAGAAUCUAAAUCGCAGUUACAGUUUCAAUUAUAUGGUGGAGCAAACAUGGCGCUGUUGCGAAGACUGUUGCGUGUGCUGAGAUGUUCAAAAGCAAUGUACUCAAUACAAUCUCACAGGCGUCACAAUUAGAUGGUGCCAGCCCACCAAAAAUGUACCAAUGUAGUCGCUUGCAUAUUCAAUCAUGUAAUUGCUCAGUUCCUGAUACAAAAAUAAGUUGCACCCUGGAAGAACCGGGGAUUGCUAUCCUAUUUUCUAAAUCUCAAUUCCCAGGAGAAGAUUGUCAACUGCCUGUUGAUUUCGGGGGUAACAGUUUUUCAGACUUUAUAAACAAAGGGGAUACAUCUAAAUCAAAUUUAGAUCAUCCACCUAGUCGUCGUCGCUUAUCCCGAACUAUUCGGAAAAAACGUGAUACUGUUCGUGAUUCCAAUAAAAACGAGGCCAAGUUUGUUAAUAAUGCUUCUUCAGAGAUGGGUGAUUUCCAUAAUGUCCCUUUUCAAACACCCCGUCUGGCUGCGGCUAUUUCAAAUGUAAAUAAAGUAUUAAAGCACAAAAAAUUAAACAGGAAACGAAAAAAGUCGUCAAAUUCGUAAAGAAAUACUUUGUGGUGUAUUUUUAUUUACCUAGUUCCGAUUAUGAUGUCCAUUACCCUUUCGCACUUAUUUUUACAAUGAAACAAAGACUAUAAAAUUGAAAUACACUUUAUAUUAUAUCA